CUCUGGAGACAUUAGCCAAUACAUCAAGAAUUCCACUUCAAGCCCAAAACCCUUCAAGAAAACCUGAGCCAUCACCAUGAAGUUCAUCACUGUCUCCGCGUUCGUCCUCUCUGCCAUCACGGCAGUCAGCGCCUUCUGCUGCUCCGGCCCUCAAUGCGCCGACGGCACCGGCGGCACCCCCUGCUGCGCCACGCAGUCUUGCAACAUCUUUUGCUGCGCUUGCGGUGGACACUGCCGCGGCACCAGCAAGCGCUCCGUCGUCCCCGACAUCUUCCAGCGCGACGUGGACAGCGCCUUCAGGCUGGCCGACGUUGGCGGCAACGGCACCAUCUCUCUGCCUCAGUAUCUCAAGUACAUGGAGGUCGAUGCCCAGAGCGACAAGAUGCAGAUGUGGGAGGACUGGUUCAAGAAGCACGACAAGAACAAUGACGGUGUCAUCACCAUCGACGAGAUCAGCCUGGAGUAAGCUUCGCAUUCGUCUUGGGCCUGCAGUGCUCGAAGAAGGAGGACGUUGCAAGGGGCCCUAGGCCU